AUGGGACAAACCUCGUCGAUGACACGUUUUUUUCGUGAUAUUAGAAAUGCUGUGACAAACAAAAGAAGGAGCAGUCAAAAUCCUAUAAGAACAAUAACAACUGACAGUGAUAUUGAUUCAAAACGGAUAAUAACGAUAAAUCGUGGAGCACAACCAAUUAAAUCUAUAACGAAUCAUAUUAGUACAAGCAAAUAUUCAAUUAUAUCAUUUUUACCGAAAUUUCUUUUUGAGCAAUUCCGUAAAUAUUCAAAUAUAUUUUUCCUUUGCAUUGCUGUGCUCCAGCAAAUUCCUGGUGUUUCACCAACUGGAAGGUAUACCACAGCUGUUCCACUAUCGAUCAUUCUUUGUUGUGCAGCUAUUAAAGAAAUUAUUGAGGAUGUGAAACGACAUAUACAAGAUGGUUCAGUGAAUAAAAGAAAAGUUUUAAUUUAUCGACAUGGCAACUGGUUGUAUACAACUUGGCAAAGAGUUAAAGUUGGCGAUAUUGUGAAAGUACUUGACAAUGAAUUUUUUCCGGCAGAUCUUGUUUUACUUUCAUCAGGUGAACCGAAUUCGAUAUGUUAUAUUCAAACAUCUAAUCUCGAUGGUGAAACUAAUCUCAAAGUUCGACAGGGAUUACCGCAAACUGCUAAUAUGAUAUCAAGUGUACAAUUACGAGAUUUAUUUGGUGUAAUCGAAUGUGAAUUACCUAAUCGGAAUUUAUAUGAAUUUGCAGGAACACUAAAACUCAAUAAUGUUGCUCAUCCAAUUCCAUUAGGCGCUGAUCAAAUACUUUUGCGUGGUUCACAAUUAAAAAAUACUGCAUGGAUUUAUGGACUUGUUAUUUAUAACGGACAUGAAACAAAAUUAAUGAUGAAUUCAUCGUCUGUGCCUUUCAAACGAACUAAUGUUGAACAAGUGACUAAUAGUCAAAUAUUGUUUUUACUUGUACUUCUGAUAAUCAUAUGUUCAUUCAGUACAAUAGCAGGAGAAAUUUGGAAUUAUAGAAAUAAAAUAGCACAUUGGUAUCUUGGUUUGGCAUAUGCUACUGAUGAUAAAGCAACUGCUACAGCACCCAAUCAUUUUGGUUAUACAUUCUUAACAUUCUUUAUUUUAUUUAACAAUUUAAUUCCUAUUUCAUUACAAAUAACAAUUGAUCUUGUGAAAUUUAUUCAAGCAUAUUUUAUCAACUGGGAUGUCGAUAUGUAUGAUCGAGAAACUGAUACACCGGCAAAUGCAAGAACAUCGAAUUUAAAUGAAGAACUUGGACAAGUGAAAUAUAUUUUUUCUGAUAAAACUGGUACAUUAACGAAAAAUGUCAUGGUUUUUAAACAAUGUACUAUUGGUGGUAUUAUGUACGGAUCUGGAAAUAUUGCAGAAUUUAAUAGUUAUGAAUUACUGAAAAAUUUAGAACAACAUAGUACUGGUAAUCAAAUACGCGAAUUUCUUGCUCUUCUUGCAACAUGUCAUACAGUUGUACCCGAGAAUAAAAUGCAUACUGAUUUAUUAAAUGAUAUUGUUUAUCAAGCAUCAUCACCAGAUGAAUAUGCGUUGGUAUCAGCAGUAAAAGAAAUGGGUGUGAUAUUUUUUCGUCGUACACCGGAUAGUGUCAUUAUUAAUUUUCGAGGCGAAGACGAAGCAUACGAAAUUUUGAAUGUACUUGAAUUCAGCAGUGAUCGUAAACGGAUGAGUGUUAUUGUUCGAACAGCCAAAAAAGAAAUAAAAUUAUUUUGUAAAGGCGCAGAUAGUGUAAUUAUGGAACGUCUUGUUGCAAACGAUCCUAAUGUUCCAUUAACAAUGGAACAUUUGGAGAGUUUUGCUAAAGAUGGUCUUCGUACAUUAUGUCUUGCUUGUCGAAUUUUAACAAAUGAAGAAUAUAAUGAAUGGUCACUUGAAUAUCGACAAGCAUCAACUGCAAUCAAUAACCGCCAUGAAUUAGUUGCUGAAGUAGCAGAGAAAAUUGAAAAAGAGUUAAUUUUAUUAGGCGCUACUGGCAUUGAAGAUAAAUUACAAGAUAAUGUUCCAGAAAGUCUUUCUAUGUUAUUAAAAGCUGGCAUUAAGAUUUGGGUAUUAACUGGUGAUAAAAAAGAAACUGCAGUUAAUAUUGGUUAUUCAUGUAAACUUUUAUCUGAUCAGUUACUUAAUCUAACUCUUGAUGAAGCAACGCUUGAUGAUACUCAACGACAAUUACGUGAACAUUGUCAAACAUUUGGUGAAUCAUUACGUAAAGAAAAUCUAGCGUCACUGAUUAUUGAAGGAAGAACACUAAAAUAUGCAUUGUCACCAACAUGUCGGCAAGAUUUUCUCGAUUUAGCUGUAUCAUGCAAAACUGUUAUUUGUUGUCGUGUUAGUCCAAAACAGAAAGCCGAAGUUGUUGAACUUGUAAAACUAUCAACUGAUGAAAUAACAUUAGCAAUCGGCGAUGGAGCCAAUGAUGUUGGCAUGAUUCAAACAGCACAUGUUGGUGUCGGAAUCAUGGGCCGUGAAGGUGUACAAGCUGCAUGUGCGGCAGAUUAUACAAUUGGACAAUUUCGAUUUUUAACAAAACUAUUAUUUGUACAUGGUGUUUGGAGUUAUCGUCGUCUAUGUAAAGUUUUACUUUAUUCAUUCUAUAAAAAUAUUUGUCUUUAUGUUAUGGAGCUUUGGUUUGCAUUUCACAAUGGAUUUUCGGGACAGAUUUUAUUUGAACGAUGGACUAUUGCAAUAUACAAUGUACUAUUUACAGCAGCACCACCAAUGGCACUUGGUUUAUUAGAUCGAUGUUGUAGUGCUGAAACUAUGAUGCGAUUUCCAGCUAUGUAUAAAAUGUCACAAAAUAGAUCAGAUUUCAAUAUUAAAGUCUUUUGGACAUGGUGUUUGAAUGCUGUUUAUCAUUCCAUUAUUCUUUAUUUUAUGUCGUAUGCAAUGUUGCGACAUGAUGUUGCUCAUUCUGAUGGAACGGUUUUCGGUAGUCAUUUAUUUCUUGGCAACUGCGUCUAUACUUAUGUCAUCUUCGUCGUUUGCCUCAAAGCUGGACUUGAAAGUGAUUCAUGGACGUUUCUAACGCAUGUUGCAAUUUGGGGAAGUAUAGCAUCAUGGUUUUUGUUUUUCAUCGUAUACAGUAGUAUAUGGCCAACUAUACCCCUAGCACCAGAAAUGCGUGGCAUGGCAAAAUAUGUUUUUUCGAGUAUGUACUUCUGGCUUGGUUUAAUAAUAAUUCCGAUAACUGCAUUAUUCGCUGAUUUUAUCUAUAAUUGUUUACAAAGAACAUUAUAUAAAACAUUAAUGCAAGAAGUGCAAGAAAAAGAAGUUGCAAAUCAAGAUCCAUACGAUUUAGUUAUGGCACGGCAAACAUCAACGGUUUCACGUGUUGCUGAACGAUUAGCAUUAUUAAAAAGUGUUUUUAUUCGAACACGAACACCAAAAAUGUCUGGAAUUAUUCCUGGACCUUAUCAUGGAUUCGCUUUUUCGCAAGAAGAAGAUGGAGUUGUUCCACAAGAUCAAUUGAUUCGAAAUUAUGAUACGAACAUUGAAAAACCAUUAGGAUACUGA